GCCCAGAAGCGUGCUGUUCCUGCGAGAAAACAACAAGGGGGUUUAUUCCUUCUCCAAGCGUUCACCAAACUCAAGGGUUCCUCAAUGCUGUCCAAGUAUGCCCGGCUAGAAUGAACUGUUGGCUCUUCGUGGCAUCAUGGACUUUAAUUUACAGGAUAUUGUUUCUAAAGGAUUUUUUGUGUUUCUGUAAAGGAGAGGUUGUUUUAUUAUUGUAGCGGUGAGGAAUUGCGCGCAGGCCCCGCGUGCCGCGUCUCCUUUGCGUUCAUGUGUUCACGUGCACGUUUUAUUGUGUUUUUAAAUGCGUUCAAAGCCUAAAGGACAACAUUUAUCUCCAGGAUCUGCGAAGGAAGGAAUAUGUUUGUUCCCUGGCUGACUUUUGUACUUAUCUGGGGAGGAGGGUGCACAGGAGGACCCAGUCAGGGGGAGGUGGCGACCAGUGAGUGCAUCUACUACAAUGAUAACUGGAGGACAGAAAAGACCAAUCAGAGCGGUUUUGAGCGAUGCGAGGGGGAGAAAGACAAGAGGCUGCACUGUUAUGCCUCCUGGAUGAACUCCACCGGAACAAUCCGCCUGGUGAAAAAAGGCUGCUGGCUCGACGACUUUAACUGUUACGACAGACAGGAGUGUGUGGCCACAGAGGAGAGUCCUCAGGUAUUUUUCUGUUGUUGUGAGGGAAACUAUUGCAAUGAGAGAUUCACACACCUGCCUGAGGCCAUCGCCCCUGCAGUAAAGAUUCUGCCCCCGGAUCUGGAGCCGUCUCUGUUGGGCGUGCUGGUUUAUUCUCUUCUUCCUUUGGCCAUUCUCUCACUCGCCCUGGUGCUCGCCUGCUGGACGUACCACCAGCGAAAACCACCCUACAGACAUGUCGACAUCGGCCAGAAUGCUGGUCUUCCUCCUCCGUCUCCUCUGGUUGGACUGAAACCACUACAGUUGCUGGAGCUGAAAGCCAGGGGGCGCUUUGGCUGUGUGUGGAAGGCCCAGUUAUUGAGUGAAUAUGUGGCAGUAAAAAUAUUUCCAAUUCAGGACAAGCAGUCAUGGCAGAAUGAAAGAGACAUUUACCUCACAGAGGGUUUUAAACAUGAGAACAUUCUACUCUACAUCUCAGCAGAAAAACGAGGCACCAACCUACAGAUGGAGUUGUGGCUGGUUACCGAAUUCCACGAAAGGGGAUCUCUAACAGAUUACCUAAAGGGGAACUCGUUGAGCUGGCCUCAGUUGUGCCAUAUUGCCGCAAGUAUGGCCCGUGGUCUGGCGUAUCUUCAUGAAGAUCUUCCUUACAGAGCUGAGGGACCUAAACCAGCAAUUGCACACAGAGAUUUCAAGAGUAAGAACGUUCUGCUCAAGAUGGAUUUGACUGCCGUGAUUGCUGACUUUGGAUUGGCUGUCUGCUUUGAGCCAGGGAAACCGCCAGGAGAUACUCAUGGUCAGGUUGGAACGCGGCGGUAUAUGGCUCCAGAGGUGCUAGAAGGAGCCAUUAAUUUCCAGAGGGACGCGUUCCUGCGGAUCGACAUGUAUUCUUUAGGACUGGUUCUAUGGGAGCUGGUAUCUCGCUGCACUGCCUCUGAUGGUCCUGUGGGUGAGUACCAGUUGCCGUUUGAGGAAGAGGUGGGUCAGCACCCAACACUGGAAGACCUUCAAGAUGCGGUAGUCCAUAAGAAGAUGAGGCCCAUCUUUAAAGACUGUUGGAUUAAACAUCUGGGUUUGGGACAGUUGUGCGAGACCAUUGAGGAAUGCUGGGACCAUGAUGCGGAGGCUCGACUAUCAGCGGGCUGUGUGGAGGAACGCAUCUCAACCAUCGCCAAGGCAACCAACACUAUCAUCACUUCUACCACAGAGUGCCUGGUAUCCAUGGUUACAUCUAACAGUGAUACAGACCUACCACCCAAAGAGUCCAGUACCUGAAUACUGCCCUCUGAAACCAGGAGCAAACAUCAGGGACAGCGAAAGGAUGUUGGAAGUUCAUUGCUGCAGUGCGGACAUAUCAGAACCUCUCCAGUAAUGUGAACUUUGCUGCUAAUUUGAUUUUAUGAUCUUCAUCUAUUUAAUUUUUUUUUAAUGUUUUUUUUGUUAUAUCAAUGGAUUGUUUCAUGAGCGCAUUUCAUCUACUGUAUUCUUCCUUGGGGAAGGCACAAAAAACCCUCAAAAGUGAAAAGACUGAACUCGCAGAGGGUAUUCAGGGAAUUGCUUCAGACUGCUGGGAUUUGAGCACGUUACCUCAUCACUUUUAAUGCCAUUUUAAUGUUGUAUUAUAUCCACUCCUUGAAUACCUCCAUUCAUCACCCUACCUUGACUAUCCUGACCUUGUCCCAACCCAACCAUGUCUGUACUUUAUACUAAUCCAAACCUGCAAAGAACAUGCUUAAUCCUAUCCCAAUUCUACAAUGACUGUACCUGAUUCUAUCCCAACCCAACCCUAACAUCACCUGAUCCUAUCCCAAGACUGCCAUAACUGUAAUAAUCUCAACCCUAACUUGACCGUAGCUCACCCUAUUCCAACUCUACCAUGACUGAAUCUGAUCCUAUCUCAAACCUACCAAGACUGUACCUGAUCCAAUCUCCACCCUACAAUGACUGUACCUGAUCCUAGUUUAUCCAUACCAUGACAGUAUCUGAUUCUAAUCCAACCCUAACAUAACUGUGUCUGACCCUAUUCCAACUUUAACAUGAUUGUACUCAACCCUAUCACAACCCUACUAUCACUGUACCUGACCCUAUCCCAACCCUACCAUGAAUUUACCUCACACUAUCCCAACCCUACCAUGACUGUACCUGACCCUAUCCCAACCCUACCAUGAAUUUACCUCACACUAUCCCAACCCUACCAUGACUGUACCUGACCCUAUCCCAACCCUACCAUGAAUUUACCU